UUCGAAAGUUGAAGCAAUGAGGUGGUCGUAGAGUGUACUUUGCCGAGAUCAAUUAAACAAAUGGAAACCUGCAUCCGAGAAGGAAGACAUCCACUACAUGACGCGCUGUCUGUCGUAGUGUGAAUGCUUGCGAUAAGGAGAAACUUUGUGGAACCACGGAAUCCAACAGCGCUUACAGGCUUGUUUUUGGUGCAAGGGAAUGAAACCUGUCUUUUUAUUCAACAACCGGGUUCAGGGACGCGUUUGCAAAAAAGAAGAAUACGACAGCUUCCCAAGACUCAUAAUGCGGACGGAUUGAACAUCGACAGGGAACAAUAACAAUCUGGCUUUGCUUGGUUUUGCUACAGUUUAUGUGGAUUUCUUUUUCAUUCGUACAAUUGUCAUUUGUGUUCCGUUUGCUGUAAUUACCAGUACAGUUACUGCUAGUAUUCUAAACAAAUCAAAACGAGAUGACGUCUCCGGCAAAAUUCCGAAAGGACAAGGAGAUAAUCGCGGAAUAUGAAACUCAAGUGAAAGAGGUCCGGGCCCAGCUGGUGGAGCAGCUGAAAUGUCUGGACCAGCAGUGCGAGCUCCGGGUCCAGCUCCUCCAGGACCUGCAGGACUUCUUCCGCAAGAAGGCCGAGAUCGAGAUGGACUACUCCCGCAACCUGGAGAAGCUGGCCGAGAGGUUCCUGGCCAAGACGCGGAGCACAAAGGACCACCAGUUCAAGAAGGAGCAGAACGUGCUCUCCCCCGUGAACUGCUGGAACCUGCUGCUGAGCCAGGUGAAGAGGGAGAGCCGUGACCACGCCACGCUCAGCGACCUCUACCUCAACAACAUCAUCCCCCGCUUCGUGCAGGUCAGCGAGGACUCCGGGCGCCUCUUCAAGAAGAGCAAAGAGGUGGGCCUCCAGCUCCAGGAAGAUCUGAUGAAGGUCCUCAACGAGCUGUACACGGUGAUGAAGACCUACCACAUGUACAACACGGACAGCAUCAACGCCGAGAGCAAGCUGAAGGAGGCCGAGAAGCAGGAGGAGAAGCAGAUGGGCCGCUCAGUGCGGCAGGAGGACCGGCAGACGCCCCGCUCGCCCGACUCCCUCGCCAGCGUCAAGAUCGAGGAGAAGCACGUCCGCCGCAGCUCCGUCAAGAAGAUCGAGAAGAUGAAGGAGAAGCGCCAAGCCAAAUACACUGAAAACAAGCUGAAGGCCAUCAAAGCCAGGAACGAGUACCUCCUGGCGCUGGAGGCCACCAACUCCUGCGUGUUCAAGUACUACAUCCACGAUCUCUCCGACCUCAUCGACUGCUGUGACCUGGGCUACCACGCCAGCCUGAACCGGGCGCUGCGCACCUACCUCUCGGCCGAGUUCAACGUGGAGUCGUCCAAGCACGGCGGCCUGGAGACCAUCGAGAACUCGGCGGAGAACCUGGAGGCCAACAGCGACAAACAGCGCCUGAUGGAGACCUACAACAACGUCUUCUGCCCCCCCAUGCGCUUCGACUUCCAGUCCCACAUGGGAGACACAAUGGGACAGAUGUGCGCCCAGCCCCCCCUGCAGGGUGAGCUACUGCUGAGGUGCCAGCAGCUUCAGUCCCGCCUGUCCACCCUCCGGAUAGAGAACGACGAGGUGAAGAAGACCAUGGAGGCGACCCUGCAGACCAUCCAGGACAUGGUGACCAUAGAGGACUUUGAUGUCACUGACUGCUUCCACCACAGCAACUCCAUGGAGUCGGUCAAGUCGACAGUGUCAGAGUCUUUCAUGAGCAAGCCCAGCCUGGCGAAGAGGAGGGCCAACCAGCAGGAGACGGAGCAGUUCUACUUUACGAAACUGAAGGAGUUCCUGGAGGGCAGGAACCUGAUCACCAAGCUGCAGGCUAAACAUGACCUGAUCCAGAAAACGCUGGGAGAGAGCCAGAAGACUGAUUAUUGUCUAGCCAGCGGACGGAGGAGCUCAACGGUGCGGAAGCAGGACUCCAGCCAAGUCAUCCCCCUGAUGGUGGAGAGCUGUAUUCGUUUCAUCAGCCGGCACGGGCUGCACCACGAGGGCAUCUUCCGAGUUUCAGGUUCACAAGUGGAGGUCAAUGACAUCAAGAACGCCUUCGAGAGGGGUGAGGACCCCCUGGCGGGAGACCAGAAUGACCAUGACAUGGAUUCCAUUGCAGGGGUUCUCAAGCUCUACUUCCGGGGGCUGGAGAACGCCCUCUUUCCCAAGGAAGUCUUCCAUGACCUCAUUUCCUGUGUGUCAAAGGAGAGCCUUCAGGACAGAGCGGUCCACAUUCGCAAGGUCCUGCUGACUCUGCCCAGCAACACCCUGGUCAUCAUGCGAUACCUGUUUGCAUUCCUCAACCACCUCUCCCAGUACAGCGAGGACAACAUGAUGGACCCCUACAACCUGGCCAUCUGCUUCGGGCCCACGCUCAUGUGCGUCCCCGAGGGCCAGGACCAGGUGUCCUGCCAGGCCCACGUCAACGAGCUCAUCAAGACCAUCAUCAUCCACCAUGAGAGCAUCUUCCCGGGGCCCCGGGAGCUGGAGGGGCCCGUGUAUGACCGCGGAGGGGCCGCCGAGGACUACUGCGACAGCCCUCACGGCGAGCCCCCCCUGGUGGACGAGCCGGCUCCCGACACCGUCUCCGAGCUCCACAACAGCGACGACGGGUGCUUGGUCGUUUCAGAGUCGGAGCCCGUCGAGGCCAUCGCCCGCUUCGACUACACGGGCCGCAGCGCCCGCGAGCUGUCCUUCAAAAAGGGGGCGUCGCUGCUGCUCUACCACCGCGCCUCCGACGACUGGUGGGAGGGGCGGCACAACGGGGUGGACGGCCUGGUGCCGCAUCAGUACAUCGUGGUCCAGGACAUGGAGGACGGGAACACGGGUAGAGGGAGCCCCAAAGCCGAAGUGGAGCCACCGCCCGACCCCGCCCUGCCGGAGGAGAAGGUGUCCACCAGGGGCAGCGUGAGCUCUCCCACCGGCGGCCACGUGGCAGACAUCUACCUGGCUAACCUCAACAAGAUGAGGAAGCGGCCGGAGUCCGGCAGCAUCCGGAGGACGUUCAGGACGGGCGAGGGCCUGGCCGAGGGCUCCUCGGGGGCCGCGGCGGGCAUCAGGGCCACCUCCAUGCCGGUGGGAAGCCUGCCCAAAGAGGGGCCAGACAAGCGGCCCGUCAGCGCCCACAGCGUCCUCAACUCCAUCACCCGCCACUCCUCCCUCAAGACCAAGGUGGAGAGCCCGCAGUUCCGCAAGGCGGCCACCGCGGGGCGCUCCAAGAGCUUCAGCAACCACCGGCCGCUGGACCCCGAGGUGAUCGCCCAGGUGGAGCACAGCUCACAGGACAUCGAGGCGACGAUGAACACGGCGCUGAACGAGCUGCGGGAGCUGGAGCGGCAGAGCAGCGUGAAGCACGCGCCGGACGUGGUGCUGGACACCCUGGAGCAGCUGAAGGGCGGGGCGUCGGAGCCCUCCAGCCCGCUGCACUCCCGGCUGCUGAAGGAGGCCGACUCCCCCCAGCACCCCCUGCAGCGUAGCUCCAGCUCGGCCAGCGACGUGCCCAGCACCUUCCGCCCGGGCAAGAGCGCCUCCAAGGGGCCCGCGCCCCCACCCGCCCCCGCCCCGGCCCCCGCCCCCUCACCAUCCCCCUCCUCCUCCUCCUCCUCUUCUUCUUCCUCCCGCGAGCCCCGCCCACCUGCCACCCGCCCCAAACCGGUGGUCUUCCCCAAGAGCAGCUCCGGCGGCAGCCCUGCCAUGGGCUCCCCCACCACCACUAUCCCGCCCACUCCUCCGCCCCCGCCGCCUCCCACCGACAAGUCGUGCCCUGUGUGAGCGGUGCCGACCCCCCCACACGCCCUUCCCUGGGAGGACCCCCCCCCCCUCCACGGGGUCCGGCUGCCCACCUUUUUUGCCUGGCCUUUCUCCGCAAGGGGGAGCCCCUACUAUUAAGUAAUAAUUCCCAACGCUCUUUCAGAGAUGUUGACACAUGGCUUUUUUUUUUUUGGGAGGGAUCACCAUGGACUCCCAUGCUAAUCAGCUAACUAAUCCUGGAGGAACUGGGUGCAGUUCUUCUUUCCUGUCGAUGUGAAGUGCUUGCGUGCGUGUAUGUGAGUUAAAAAGGCAUACACACAGACGAGCACGUUUGAGAAAUCAGCCUUACUUUUUUGCCCUGGCCGAGACCUUUGAAGAGGGGAGACUGCCUGUGGACACUGGGCAGUGUGGGCACUGUGUGUUUCAGGCCUCGCAGCUCAAGUGGGCCAUGAACAGACGGCUCAGGUUGCUGUGGAGACACGCUCCUGAAAUGUGCGGGUUCUUUGAUUUGAGGCUCAAAGGGGGCAAAGCUGGACGGGCUCGCCUUGAGAGAAAAAAUGGACUCGAGUUUAGACCGGACUCCCUUUUCAUGGGACAUGAGACCAAACGGCCAAUCGUCAUUUUAGUAAAGCAAUUUUUUUGGGUUGCAGUGAAGUAACAGAAACCUGUUCAUUUGGUGUAUACUUGUAUGUGGCCAUCAGCCUCCUGUUACUGUAUGUGGGAACCUGUUGCAGUGCAAACAAAUCUGAUCAUGUGGCUGGAAAGAGGGGCGCUUGUCUCUCCCCCCCUCCCCCCACAUCUCAUUUCUAGGGAACGGAUUUACUUGACCGAGUGCAAAAAGUGGUGCCAAGCGGUAAAAGAGCCCGUGCAAAGCAUAUGCCGGUCUCCUCCUUACAGUAACACCAGCACAGAGACAGCAGCAGGCAUGCCGCUUUUCUGGAUCUCUCCCUGCUCCGUAGGUUGGCCAACUUUGGCAGCGUAAUCAGUAAUGACAACAGACUGCGAGGCGCUCUGGACGUUCCAAUCCUUGCGUUAGCGCACGACUCAGGCUGUGGCAUGCGGUGGCUGGCUUUGCGUCAGAGGGAAGACUUAGGCAGACGCGCUCUCCCCGUGCUUUAACUCGCCUCUUCUCUCAGGCCCUUGUACUGUGAGCUCCUCACCUGCGACGGUCAACGCGGUCUCAAAAACCUCUGGAAUAAAAAAAAAAAGGGGGAACCAGCCAUCACUCGCGCUCUGCAAUGUGUAUUCAAAACGCCUCUGGCUCUUUCAGGUUAACUGCAUGGCGACAUUACAACAGCUGUGCGGGUGUACAAGCCAUUAGAUUUCACACAGAUCAGAGAUCGGUAGCUAGCGCCUCCUAACAACCCGCUUUUUGUACAGUCCUGUAGACGUCCUUUAGCCGGCAAAUAAAAUACAAUUAGGAAGCAAAAAAAGGAUAUUUUUCUGUGUAAGUGUGAUAAUCAUGGUAACUGGAAAACUGGAGAUGAACAAUCUCAACGUGUCGCCAUUCGUCAGACUGCGCUGUUUUUUUUUUUACGCGGAAGCACAUAAUCAUGAAGUUCCCUUCUUGUUUUUCAGCUGAUCAGCAGUCUGAGGAGCCAAACAUGAUAAACCCCUUUGUGCAAGUGUGUGUGCGCUUGUGUGUGUGUGUUUGGAUUUCCGUACAUCCUGAUCAAAGCUGAAAAAACCCACCAUAAAGUGUUGAAAGGGAAACCCCACUGUCGCCUGCCCCUCUGUCCUGUCUGAAACCUUGUGCGUGCCCAACUGGAUCACUUAAAAGACUGAAUUCACUGUGCAGGAAUGUCUGUUCAGUGACAGGAAAGUGUCCCUCAAGGAAAAAAAAAAAAAAGGCCAUACUCCCCUGGAGCGUAAGUGAAUAGAGCUCAGUGUGACAAUGACUCACGACUGUUACCAUCGCCAUCGGAAUUCAUGCUGUUGCCUACACGUCAUUACAGCUUCUCGAGCCAGUCCUCUCCUCAAAGAUAUCAUACGGAGCCUCGCAGGCGUGCUUUUACAAGUCACUUGUUGUUUUUUCUGUGCUUGCUCUUGCUCUGUUUUUGUGAGGGUGUCGAAUAAGAAAGAGGUGAUUAUGACCGACGCUCAUGGACUAUUUCAUGACCACCUCUGCAUCAGCCUUGCAUCUGAAAAUAUUCGCCAUAUGUGUAUUUGGAUGUACUGUACUUACCUGCAUUAAAUAUAUUGUCUUCCCUACAGUGGAGAAAAAAAACAGAAAUAUGUAUUUCUCUAAAGGGAGAAGAGGCUAAUCUGAUUGCUAUGGAACGUCUCCUAUUUCCUUGAAUACACAGGUUUCCUCCCCCACAACACCUAAAGGGAAAGAGGUGUGUGCUGCACGUACAUUUGUAUGAAUUCAUCUGGGCAUACUGUUGGGCCCUGAAUGGUCCUCCAGACCACAUUUUGCGGUCUGUGUACAAAACCAUAGCUCAGGCUUUCUUAUUGGCUACUAAGAGUGACCACCCUAUCAGAACAGAAGAGCCAAGCCUACACUGACCAUGCCUGACCAGGGGAGGGAGUUAAAAUCACACCCCGCUAUGUUUCUGCAACAGUUGUGCAAACUUUUACAAGUUUACACAGAUGGCUGUAGUUGGCGGGAGGAAACUGGAAAGGAAUGUUGGAACAACAGCAAAAUAAAAAAAGCUUUGCAGCAUUCACUCCACAAGUAGCACUGUAUGAUACUGCGACCGUAGCAGGUCCAGUGCACAGCUCUCUGAUACUGCGACCGUAGCAGGUCCAGUGCAGUGGUCUCUGAUACUGCGAGAGUAACAGGUCCAGUGCACAGCUCUCUGAUACUGCGACCGUAGCAGGUCCAGUGCAGUGGUCUCUGAUACUGCGAGAGUAACAGGUCCAGUGCACAGCUCUCUGAUACUGCGACCGUAGCAGGUCCAGUGCAGUGGUCUCUGAUACUGCGAGAGUAACAGGUCCAGUGCACAGCUCUCUGAUACUGCGACCGUAGCAGGUCCAGUGCAGUGGUCUCUGAUACUACGAGAGUAACAGGUCCAGUGCACAGCUCUCUGAUACUGCGACCGUAGCAGGUCCAGUGCAGUGGUCUCUGAUACUACGAGAGUAACAGGUCCAGUGCACAGCUCUCUGAUACUGCGACCGUAGCAGGUCCAGUGCAGUGGUCUCUGAUACUGCGAGAGUAACAGGUCCAGUGCACAGCUCUCUGAUACUGCGACCGUAGCAGGUCCAGUGCAGUGGUCUCUGAUACUGCGACCGUAGCAGGUCCAGUGCAGUGGUCUCUGAUACUGCGAGCGUAACAGGUCCAGUGCACAGCUCUCUGAUACUGCGACCGUAGCAGGUCCAGCGCAGUGGUCUCUGUUACUGCAGCUGUAGCGUUAGCAU